ACUCCUAGUGGAAGUGGCCUUGAACCCCUGGAAAUUAGGCGGCUAAAACCCUACUACUCCUACUACCCACGGGAAUCGGCAUCAGUCCACUCUUCUCUUCGCUUGCUUUCUCUCCGCUCUCCUGCCAAAAUGGCUCCGCCGGCGUGGAUCAUCCUGGGCGCCGUCCCGCGCGUGUCGGAGCUGGACGACGCGGACCUCUCCCUCGCACUCGCCGCGCCGCCGCGCAUCUCCGUGCUCACCGUGCCACCGCGCGUGUCCCCCAUCCAGGCCGACCCCACCAGCCGCGCCUGCCCCUGGGUACUCACCGCGGACCCUGCGUCCGGCCUCCUCCUCCUCAGCGCCCCGCCGCCCCCUCCCACCCCCACUCCACCUCGCCCGGCAACAUUCUGCAACGGCGUGCGCCUCGCCGAGGUCGGCUACAUCAAGCGCCAGCCGCCGACCUACUUCGUCUGCGACGUCACCUCCGCCACCGCCUUCCGCCUCCCUCAACCCGGCCGCGACCCGAGCGGGCUACCUGAGGAGAUCAACGCGCUGAACCUCGGCGUCGUCGCUGCACCCGGAGCCGGAGGCGGCGCGGGGCGCUACAUGGUCGUCGAGUUCCGCUACAUGUUCGCAGACCAGCACGCCACGCUCCUCUGCUUCUCGUCCGACACCGGCGAGUGGGAGUGGAAGCCGGUGCACAACCCGCUGGGACGCUGGAUUUGGGGCAGAGACGGCGUCGUCGCCCACGACGGCAAGCUCUGGUGGGUGGAUCUCGCCGGGGGCCUCAUCUUCUGCGACCCUUUCGCGGACGCGCCGGUGCUGGACAUCGUCCCGCUCCCGGAAAGCGACUGCCAUGUGUCUGAUGCCUCGUGCGCCCACUGCGCCGGGAGAUCGAUGGCCUACCGCCGAUUCGUGCAGGUGAGCGCUGGCAAGUUCCGGUGGGUGGAGUGGAGCUCUCACCGUGACGACGAGGCUCCCAUGACGGUCACCAUGUGGACGCUGAAUGAUCCGGAGGCCAAGGAGUGGGUGCUGGAGUACAAGAAGGUGAGCUUUCAGGAGAUCUGGGCCGACGACAGCUACAAGGCUGCCGGCCUGACGGAGAAGAACCCCACGUUCGCACUCGUCCACCCCAUGAAUCCGGACGUGCUCUACUUCUUCCUGGAGGAGCAACUCUUCGGCGUGGACCUGCGCGCCAAGAGGGUUGUGGAGUGCAGCGUGUACGAGAUGGUGGUGCCACCGUCAGGGAAGCCCCCCAACUGUUUCUCCGUCCACGCAUUGGAGCUGCCGAUCGCGCUUUCGGCAGUUGUUGUUUAUGCAGGCUCGCUUCCAUCUGAUGUUGGCAGCGGUUCCAACAGAAAAGAGUCUACCCCAUUGGCAUCAUCUGUUUCCCAGGAGAAAGCGCUGAGUCUGCAGAUCGAGUUUGAGGAGGGUGAGGAGGGAUAUUGAGGCAGCAUAUACCUCAUCUGAUCAACAAGGCAAUGGAUCUCCAUGAAGAGAUAACUUAUAUCUUAUUAGUCUCUAGUCCCUCAAGAUGAUCUUGUCCUUUCGAUUGCGGCCUCUUUGGUUCUAUCUACGUACCUUGCUAAUUUCUUAGUUGUAACUUUCAACAGGAUGUGAUGUGAGCACUCUAAUUAUCCUGUUCUGUAAUGAAUCUAUGGUACGCUUUGGUA